AUUGUUGUCAUUAUUUGUUUCGAGCUCAUAUGGGAUUGACGACGAUUCUCGUGCACAGUUCCGCAAUGUCGUUUCUUGCACUCAGCUUCGUGUCCUUGCUGGCGGGCGCGCUCGCCCAGAAAGAUCCGCAUUAUCUGGACGGUAGAACCACGAUGGUUCAUCUGUUCGAAUGGAAGUUUCAGGACAUCGCCAAAGAAUGCGAGACCUUCCUCGGUCCGAUGGGUUACGGAGGUGUUCAAGUUUCCCCGAUAAACGAGAAUCUCAUCAUCGACAAGAGACCUUGGUACGAGCGAUAUCAGCCGCUGUCCUACAAGAUUAUUUCUCGUUCCGGGACCGAGGCCGAAUUUCGAGACAUGGUGAGCAGAUGUAACAAAGCGGGUGUGCGAAUCUACGUCGACACGGUCUUCAAUCACAUGACGGCAAGCGCAAAUCCCGCGUACGGCACUGGUGGUUCGUUUGCAGUGCCGGAUCAACUCGAUUAUCCGGCAGUUCCGUAUUCCGUUGCGGACUUCCACAAGUCGUGCCUCAUCCAGAAUUACAACAACGCUACCGAGGUCCGGGACUGCGAACUGUCCGGCCUCCACGAUCUCGAUCAGAGCAAGGAACACGUUCGCGAAAAGAUAGUCGAGUUCCUCAACGACAUCGUCGAUCACGGAAUCGCCGGCUUCCGCGUUGACGCGGCCAAGCACAUGUGGCCCCAGGAUCUUGCGAUUAUCUACAACAGAACGAAGGAUCUGUCCACGGCAGCCGGAUAUCCGCCGAACACGCGACCUUACAUCUAUCAGGAGGUGAUCGAUCUCGGUGGGGAAGCGGUCAACAAAUACGAAUACAACAGCUUUGCAAAUGUCAUCGAAUUUCAAUAUGGCAUCAUUCUUGGCACUAUGUUCCGUAACAAAGAUAAAUUGUCGAGAUUGGAAACAAUAAGCGAUCCGAAUAAAUGGAGAUUGUUACCUUCCGCGGACGUGUUAACCAUGGUGGACAAUCACGACAAUCAGAGAGGACACGGCGCCGGUGGAAGCAACAUUCUCACGUACAAGGAACCGAAACCUUACAAGAUGGCGAUAGCUUUCAUGCUGGCUUAUCCUUACGGUCACACCCGAAUCAUGAGUUCCUACGCGUUCGACGAUCCCAGCCAAGGACCGCCCGCGACUUCGAACGGUGAGAUUAUUUCGCCCGAGAUCUUGGACGGCCGGUGCGUGAACGGUUGGGUCUGCGAGCACAGAUGGCCGCAGAUCUACCACAUGGUCCAGUUUCGCAAUCUGGUUAAAGAUGAAAAGUUAGAGAACUGGUGGAGCAACGGAGAAAAUCAGAUCGCUUUCUCGCGCGGCAACAAAGGUUUCGUUGCCUUUACCGUUGACGGUGAUCUUCGCGAAAGGUUGCAAACUGGAUUGCCCGGUGGCACGUACUGCGAUGUAAUAACCGGAAAUUUGGUCAACGGUAACUGCAGCGGAAAAACGGUGACGGUCGACGACAAUGGUACGGCCGAUAUUGAGAUCCCGUCGAACGAGGAGGGUGUGCUCGCUCUUCAUAUUCAGGCAAAAUUGUAAAAACUCGUUGUGAGAGACUACUUCUUCAGAAGAAACAGCGUGUCGCAAAUCCGCAUCUAAUGUGAAACAACGAAGAUUUCGAAAUGUAUAACUCUCUCUCAUAGUUGAAUAAAAAUUAUGUGUGCGCAGAAA